GUCACUGAGAGAGUGAAAUGGCACAGCACAAAAAUCUAAUGGACAAGGAAAUAUUCUGCUGUUCAAUCUGCUUGGAUUUACUGACGGAGCCGGUGACCAUUCCCUGUGGACACAGCUACUGCAUGAACUGUAUUAAAACUCAAUGGGAUUCGGAGGAUACAAAGCAAAUCCACAGCUGCCCCCAGUGUAGGCAGACUUUCACACCAAGGCCUUCGCUGGUGAAGAGCACCAUGUUAGCAGAUUUAGUGGCUGAGCUGAAGAAGAUUGGGCUCCAAGCUGCUCCUUCUGAUCACAGUUAUGCUGAACCUGAAGAUGUGGCCUGUGAUUUCUGCACUGGAGUAAAACUGAAAGCCAUGAAGUCUUGUUUAAUCUGUCUGGCGUCUUACUGUGAGAAACACCUCCAGCCACACUAUGAUUCGCUUACAUUCAAGAAACACAAGCUGGUGGAGCCGUCCAAGAAGCUCCAGGACAACAUCUGCUCUCGUCAUGAUGAGGUGAUGAAGAUUUAUUGCCGUACUGAUCAUCAGAGCAUCUGUUAUCUCUGCUCAAUGGAUGAACAUAAAGGCCACAACACGAUCUCAGCUGCAGCAGAAAGGACUGAGAGGCAGAAGGAGCUCGAGGUGAGUCAAGAAAAUAUUCAGCAGAGAAUCCAGGACAGAGAAAAAGAUGUGAAACUCCUUCAACACGAGGUGGAGGCCAUCAGUCAGUCUGCUGAUAAAGCAGUGGAGGACAGUGAGAAGCUCUUCACUGAGCUGAUCUGCCUCAUCCAGAAAAGCUGCUCUGAUGUGAAGCAGCAGAUCAGAUCCCAGCAGGAAACUGAAGUGAGUCGAGUCAAAGAGCUUCAGGAGAAGCUGGAGGUGGAGAUCACUGAGCUGAAGAGGAAAGACACUGAGCUGAAAGCGCUCUUAAACACAGAGGAUCACAACCAAUUUCUACAAAAUUAUCUCUCACUGUCAGCACUCACUGAGUCAACAGAAUCAUCCAGCAUCAAUAUCCGUCCUCUGGGGUACUUUGAAGUUGUGACAACAGCUGUGUCAGAGGUCAGAGAUAGACUGCAGCACAUUCUGAGAGAGAAAUGCACAGACAUCUCACUGAUAGUCACUGAAGUGGAUGUUUUACUCUCAGAUCCACAAGCAGAGCCAAAGAGGAGAGCUGGGUUCUUAAAAUUAUCACAUGAAAUCACACUGGAUCCAAACACAGCGAACACAUGGCUGCUAUUAUCAGAGAGGAACAGAAAAACGACAGCAAUGAAUAAUCAACAGCCCUAUUCUGAUCAUCCAGACAGAUUCACUGAUUACUGGCAGGUUCUGAGCACCGAUAGACUGACUGGACGUUGUUACUGGGAAGUUGAAUGGAGAGGAGGAGUUCAUGUAGCAGUUGCAUACAAGAAUAUCAACAGAGCGGGGAUGGGGAAUGAAUGUGGAUUUGGAGGAAAUGCAAGAUCUUGGGCAUUGAAAUGUUCCCAAAACAGUUAUACAUUUUGGCACAACAACAUCCAAACCCCCAUCUCAGGUCCUCAGUCCUCCAGAAUAGGAGUGUAUCUGGACCACUGUGCAGGUAUUCUGUCUUUCUACAGCAUCUCUGAAACCAUGACCCUCCUCCACAGAGUGCAGACCACAUUCACUCAGCCGCUCCAUGCUGGACUUCGACUUAAUGGUUGGUGUGUUUUUGGAGCAAGUGCCAAGUUCUGUGAACUCAAACAUUUAUAGUCUUUCAUAUUCAAGUGGGUUUAAAUC